AGACCUUCAGCCUACAGGCGGCGAUCUCUUAGUGUGGACUGGGCUGACUCUGCCAAGAUGACGCAGCCCAUGAGGGGGGACCAGGCCCACCAGCCGGCCCCAGCCCGCAAGUCAGCCAGCCUGUCCUCGCCAAGCGCGGCUCGCCGCCUAUACCGCAACUUGUCUGGAAAGUUCCGUGUGGGCACCAACCCCCCUGCCCUUGAGGACAGCAUGGUGUCAGGACGGGGAGGAGACAAGGAGAGGCUGCGCAAAACCACCAUAUUCCAGAGUAAUGAAGCUUUGUUCGAGGCAGUGGAGCACCAGGAGCUGGACUUGGUACAGCUGCUUCUCUCUCAGUACAGUCUGGAGGAGCUGGACCUCAACACCCCAAACAGCGAGGGCCUCCUGCCCCUCGAUAUCGCCAUCAUGACCAACAACGUGCCCAUGGCCAAGCUGCUCCUGAGAGCUGGUGCUAAGGAGAGUCCCCACUUUGUGAGUCUGGAAGGCCGAGCAGUGCAUUUGGCCACACUGGUGCAGGAGGCUGAGCAGCGGGUGUCGGAGCUUCAGGCCCAGGUUCGGAGCGAGGGUCCCUGUGAGCGGGAGGGAUCUGACCGGGAAAGGCAGCUAAAAGCCUGGGAAUGGAGGCUCCGGCUCUUCCGACGCAUGCAGACGGGCUUCGAGCACGCCAACCCUCCAGACGCUCCCAGUGUGGUUCGCCUGUCUGUCAGCAGCGGCACCAGUCUAAGGGUGGACUUCCAGGAACCUCUCUGUGUCAAUUCUGCUGUGGUUACCAAGUACAAAGUGAGCUGGAGCAGUGCUCCAUCUUUCAGUCCUUUGCUGGGUGAGAUGAUGGUGGAGGACACCACUCUGCUACAGUGCAACAUCACUGGACUCACGUCUGGGACCUAUUACUAUGUCCAGGUGUCAGCCUACAACAUGAAGGGCUGGGGGCCUCCACUAGUUUCCACCCCUGCCUGCGCUGCGCCUUCCAGUUGGAGGGACAUCGAUGGCCGCGCUCCACGACAGAGAGGCCAGAAGGAGGCGUUAGACCAGCUACUCGGACAGAUAAAAGAAGCUCACCGCCACUGUGUCUGCCAUGAACAGUGCAAAGCUCCACCACAAGGCAGGAAGCACUCAGUCUCCAAAAGCCUGCGCCACCUUUUUCAACCCACCAGCAAAUUUGUGAAAAGCUUGAAAAGAGGUCUCUAUCUGACAUCCAUAUUCUACAGAGACGACAACGUGUUGGUGACUCCAGAGGACCAGAUUCCUAUUGUGGAAGUUGAAGAUUCCUACUCCAGUUCACUCAUGCAGGACUUCCUUUGGUUUACCAAGGUGUCCUAUCUGUGGGAGGAGAUUCCCUGGCUGCAGCAGUGUCUCAGUCCGUCCCAGUCUUCCUGUUCCUGUACUCUGCAGACACGCCUCAAGAUGCUGCAGGCUGUCUCCCAUCUGCAGGGAAUGCUGGGAACCCAGGAUCUCGGUCAGGUGUAUCUUGAGCCAAUCAAGGACAAGCAUGGUAACGCCCUGCUGGUGCUCCUGAAGGACAUGAAUGCCUGUCCCAACCUGGAUGGGGUACGCUGGACGCAGCUUUGCAAACUCCAGCUCCAACGCAAGUCCAUCUCAUCCCCUGAAGAGCCCACUGCCUUGGACAUGCUCCUCAUCACACUCCACGAGAAGCUGGCGUAUCACAGGCGGAGCAGAAAGCAAUUGUCUCCAGGCUUAUACCUGGGGUACCUGAAGCUGUGCACAUCAGUGGAGCAGAUUAGAGUGCUGGUGCCUCAGAAACUCCCCAACAUCCUCUGUCACACAAAAAUUCGGGACAACAGCAAUGUGUCCAGGGAGGAGUGGCAAUGGCUGCAGGCCCUCAGCUCUCUUGAGGAGUCGGUCGAAAUGGACCAUGAUGUACAGAGUGCUCCACAUCGCCUCCUACAGGACCUACGCAGCGCCAUCAAGGACCUGAUGGCCCACAUCAAUGUCCCUGGCAAUCAGGCACAGGACUUCAGAAUCUACAGCCAGGAGGUUUUAGAGUUUGGGGAGAAAGUGUCCUUCUUGCUCCUCCUGCCACCUUCAGAUGAAGUGUGCACAGCCCCUGGUCAGAACAACCCAUACUCCCCCCGCUCUGGCUUCCUCACCCUGCCCCUGCAGAUCUUUGAACUGGGUCAGUAG